GGAGACUGACAUUUCCCCCCCAAAGGCACAGACAACAAAAGAAAUUGUGCGUCGGGCCACGCACAAUUAGACUGCGUAGAUGUUUGCCAGCAUGUCUCUUCUCCAUAUUCUGCUGUUAAUGGUUCUAGCAGGGAAGACAGCCAUCGGGUUCUCCCUGAUGUCUUUACUCCUCGACCCGGACCCAGAUUGGACCCCUGACUACUACGAGAACAGCUACGAGGAAUACAACCAGGAAGAGAACAGCAGUAACGCUCCUGCCUACCAGGAGAAUCCCGACUGGUACUACAUGGAGGAUGAUCCGUGCCUGUCAAACCCCUGUGAACAUGGCGGGGACUGCCUUGUCAGUGGCGACACCUUCACGUGCAGCUGUCCGGCCCCUUUCUCUGGAAACAGGUGUCAGAAUGUGCAAAACAAGUGCAAGAACAACCCAUGUGAACGGGGCGAAUGUCUCAUUACCCAGAGUCCUCCCUAUUACCGCUGCGCCUGUAAACACCCUUACAGGGGACCCGACUGUUCCACAGCGGCUCCUGCGUGCAGGCCAAAUCCCUGCCAAAAUGGUGGCACCUGCUCCCGGCAUAGGCGGAGAACCAAGUUCACCUGUACCUGCCAUGACCAGUUCAAGGGGAGAUUCUGUGAAAUAGGUCCUGAUGACUGCUACGUUGGUGAUGGCUACUCCUACCGAGGGAAAGUGAGUAAGACAGUCAACCAACACUCAUGCCUUUACUGGAACUCCCACCUCCUCUUGCAGGAGAAUUACAACAUAUUUAUGGAAGAUGCUGAGACCCAUGGAAUUGGGGAGCACAACUUCUGCAGAAACCCAGAUGGAGAUAAAAAGCCAUGGUGUUUCAUCAAAGUCAACAGUGCAAAGGUGAAAUGGGAGUACUGUGAUAUCUCAGUUUGCUCAGCCCUAGACAUUGCUGACCCAGAGGGAAGCCCCACAGAGCCUCUGACCAAGCUUCCAGGGUUUGACUCAUGCGGGAGGACUGAGAUGACAGAGAAGAAGAUCAAGAGGAUCUAUGGAGGCUUUAAGAGCACAGCGGGCAAGCACCCAUGGCAGGCAUCCCUGCAGACCUCAUUGCCACUGGUCACCUCCAUGCCCCAAGGCCACUUCUGUGGGGGAGCGCUGAUCCACCCUUGCUGGGUGCUUACCGCUGCCCACUGUACCGACAUAAAGACCAAACAUCUGAAAGUGGUGUUAGGGGACCAGGACCUGAAGAAGACAGAAUUCCAUGAGCAGAGAUUUGGGGUGGAGAAGAUCUUCAAGUACACUCACUAUAAUGAAAGAGAAGAGAUUCCCCACAAUGACAUUGCUUUGCUCAAGCUAAAGCCAGUGGAUGGUCACUGCGCUUUGGAAUCCAAAUACGUGAAGACUGUAUGUUUGCCGGAUAACAUUUUCCCUUCUGGGACUGAGUGUCACAUCUCUGGCUGGGGUGUGACAGAAACUGGGGAAGGCUCCCGCCAUCUCCUGGAUGCCAAGGUCAAGCUGAUUGCCAACACCUUGUGCAACUCCCACCGACUCUAUGACCACAUGAUCGACGACAGCAUGAUUUGUGCAGGAAACCUGCAGAAGCCUGGGAAAGAUUCCUGCCAGGGUGACUCUGGAGGCCCUCUGACCUGUGAGAAGAACGGCACCUACUACGUCUAUGGGAUAGUGAGCUGGGGCCUGGAAUGUGGGAAGAAGCCAGGAGUCUACACCCAAGUUACCAAAUUCCUGAGUUGGAUCAGAGCCACCAUCCAAAAGGAGGGUAGCUUCUAAGGUGUCUUCUGAACCUGAGAGCCCAUUGUCCCGAGCACUUGGAUAAGGCCAGGCCUCAUGGGCAGCACUGGACGCCCUGGGAGCCCCCAGGAGGCCAUACAGCCGAGUGGCCAUGCUCUAAGCAGAGAAAAUGGCCGCCCACCCUGGGGCCACCCCAGACCAGCACGUCCACUGCUUUAUCAGGCUGCCUCGUGGGUAACCCAAGAAAUGCCAGAACCCACCCAAUAGAUACUUUGUUGGCUUCCCUUCAAACAUGGGCACCUUCUAGAAAAUCACAGACUGCCUUCACCUCAGAUAUUUGCAAACGUGGGAUCUCAGAAUGACCGGAGCCAGUGGGAGUCACCUUGACAUCUUUAUUCCUCAUCCCUGACACCCAAGGUGCGCCACCGAACAGGCCACCACUUCCAGGAUUAGACGGGAGACCAAAAAUACAAGAUUCUCUGUGG